AAUAGAAAAAGUCCUAAUAGUAGGCUAGGUUUGGUAGCAAUAACCUCCUGGGUUUUAGCAUUCAACCCUGAGCCGUUGCUAGGCUUGAUAGCAAUUCCCUUUUCUCAUCCCUUUCUCAGCAAUCAAACAACCCUUAAUUCCUUUCUCCAUUCCCCGAUUUCUUGCUUCGUUCAAAAUUCCUUUUUUUUUGGAAUCUUCUCCGCAAUUCACCUUUUUUUUUUCCGGUGAAAGUCCGAGGUUCGGUUCGAUUUCCUGCCGGAAAACCAGAGAACUCCAUCGCCGUCGUCUAUUGUCGUUCUAGCUUUGUCGGUCUUAGUGAUAUACGAUCAUGAAUCCGGAGUAUUUUCCAGCAAAAACACAGAUUGCUCAAGUCAUUAACAGCUGCAUUCAAAGUCAUUGGAGUGCACAUCGAUUUACAAAAGAAGACUAGAUCAAGUUCUUGCUAUUGGACUGCACCAUCUUCAGUUCUGGAACUCGAUUUGGACCCGAGUUUUGGUCGUGGAUCACCACUUUGGGAGGUGCAAUUGUGGUUUCUGCAUCAGGAAGAGUUACUGUAUAGCAGUCGUUUAUCAUGGAUAAACUACUGGAGUUUGGGAGGAAAGCUUGGUUCUUUGUUAGGGUUCUUUCGGGAUAUGAGGAGAGAAGAAUCAGAUCCUACAGAUUGCAACUGCAAAGACGCUUUGAACAGGCACAAGAAAGGAAGGAAGCCUUGAGAAGGAUCCCAGAACAGGCUGUUUUAGCUGAGGUUCGCCGUAUGGUUGAGGAAAUGCAGACAUUAAACCGGAAACUGGAAGAAACAGAGGCUGCCAUUGAAGAAUACUUCAAGCCAAUUGACAAGCAAGCUGAGACAAUAAUGAACAUGCAACUUGAAGGAGAGGAAAAGAAAAUGAGGGAGAUGAUGAAAGCCAUGCAUGAGCAAGCUUUACUUGAGAAAGCUGAGGCAGAGAAAACGGCAAAAGCAUGUAAUGUGGACCCGAACCAACAUAAACAGGAUGCAGUGUCCUCUCCCUCCGGCCAAGCUUAGAUGAGAUGAGAUGAUUGAUAAAAAACGGGAAAUCGAAUUGGUAUGUAAGCUGACAUUUGAUGCGUUGUGGUUCUUUUGAGCACAAUAGAUGUUCAGAGCAUUUGAUUAUGAUUGGACAAAGAAUAUGCCAUCGACCUUGGUCA